GGGCGGAGGAGGCCGUGGGGGGAGGGGGGGUCGGGGGAAGGGGGGGGGAGAUCGCGACGGCGGCGGCAGCGCAGCCAUGAAGACUCCGGCGGACGCGGGCUUCGCGUUCCCCGAGUGGGCGUACAAGGCGGAGUCGAGCCCCGGCUCGCGGCAGAUCCAGCUGUGGCACUUCAUCCUGGAGCUGCUGCGGCAGGAGCGCUACCGCGAGGUCAUCGCCUGGCAGGGCGACUACGGCGAGUUCGUCAUCAAGGACCCCGACGAGGUGGCGCGGCUCUGGGGGGUGCGCAAGUGCAAGCCCCACAUGAACUACGACAAGCUCAGCCGCGCCCUCAGGUAUUACUACAACAAGCGGAUUCUGCACAAAACCAAAGGGAAAAGAUUCACCUACAAAUUCAACUUCAACAAACUGGUGCUGGUGAACUGCCCCUUCAUCGACCUGGGGCUGGCAGGGCCCCCGCUGCCGCAGAGCGCCCCCCCCCUGCCCACGGGGGGGUCCCACUUCCGCUUCCCCCCCCUGCCCGGCCCCUCCCCGCCCCCCCCCCCCCCCGGCGGGGGCGGCCCCCCCCUGCUGGCCCCUCCCCCUCCCCCCUUCCCCUCCCCCCACCGCCGCCUGGGCUCCCUCAGCGACGGCUCCGAGGAGCCCGAGGAGCCGCCCCUCCCCCACCCCGCGCUGCCCCCUCCCCCACCCCUCACCUCCGCGGGGGGAGGGGGCGGCGGGGGAGGGGCGGGGGGGUUCCGGCCCCUCCCCCACCACCCCCACCCCCCCCGCCUGACCCCCGAGGGGCUCUUCCGCCUCUACCCCUCCCCCCACGAGCCCCCCCUCAGCCCCUUCCCCCCCUCCCCCUCCCCGCUGGGGGGGGGUGGGGGAGGGCCGGGCGGGGGGGGAGGGGCGGGGCUGCUGCCCCCCCCCCUGUCCCCCGCGCUGCCCCUCAGCCCCCCCCAGCUGGGCUACGCCCCCUCCCCCACGCUGAGCCCGCUGCUGGGGGGGGGGUCGCACUUCUCCUUCUCGGCCGAGGACCUGCAGCGCGCGCUGGCGGCGCAGGCGCGGAGCGUCCUCAGCUACCACCUGAGCCCGCGCGCCUUCCUGCCCUGCCCCCCCCCCCUGCAGCCCCCCCCGCCCGGCCGGCGGCAGCGGAACCCCCCCGCCCCUCCCCCACCGCCUUCAUCAUCAUCAUCAUCAUCAUCAUCAUCAUCAGCGGGCGGGGGGGGAGGGGCGGCGGCCGAGCCCCUCCCCCACAUCAAGGUGGAGCCCGAGGAGGAGGAGGAGGAGGCGCUGGAGGUGGCGGCGCUGAGCGAGGAGGAGGAGGAGGAGGAGGAGGAGGAAGAUGAGGAGGGGGAGGGGGAGGAGGACGAGGUGUUCGCCCCCCCCCCCCGCCGCCCGCCCCCCCCCCGCGUCCCGCCCAAACUGCGCUUCAAGCGGCGCUGGCGGGAGGGGGGAGGGGCGGGGGGAGGGGCGGGCACCGGCCCCGCGGCCCCUCCCCCCGCGCGGGGGGGUGGGGGAGGGGCGGACCCCCAAAACCUGGGGGCGGGGGGGGGAGGGGAGCUGCAGCGCGCCACGGCGCAGCUCUCGCUGGAGCCCUGAGGGGGGAGGGGCGAGGGGGGAGGGGCCGCCCCUCCCCCCACCCCCCGCUGGCCUUAAGGGGGAGGGGAAUGUGGGGGAGGGGCGCCCAAACCCGCCCCUCCCACCCCCCCCCAAAAAUUGGGGUGCGCCCCUCCCCCCCCCACCCCGGGAUGUGGGGGAGGGGCUCGAUGCAGGGAUGGGGGAGGGGCGGCGCGGGAAGCCCCUCCCCCAAUGAACUUUGGGCUGCCUUGGUGAGGGGGGAGGGGAGAGGGGGAGGGGAACCCCCCCCCAAACCCCCCCCCAAAAACAGAAACGGGUGAAACCCCUCCCCCACCCCCCGCAAUUGGGGGGGACCCCAAAAAUUGGGGGGAGGGGCGGCGCUGGAGGGGGGAGGGGACGGUCCAAAAAAUGGGGGAGGGGCAGAAAUUUUGGGUUGGAGGGUCCCAAAAAUGGGUGAAACCCCCCCAGACCUGUUGGGGAUCCCCCAAAAAACGGGCGGGACCCCCAAAAUUUGGGUUGGAUCCCCAAAAAAACGGGUGAAACUGACCAAAAACGGUGAAACUCCCCCAAAAACGGGCGGGAACGUCCAAAUUUUGGGUUGGAAUGACAAAAAAAGGAUGAAACUCCCCAAAAAUGGACGGGAACCCCCAAAUUUUGGGGGAAUGCACCAAAUUUUGGGUUGGAACCCCCCCCAAAAUGGGUUAAACACCCAAAAACGGGUGAAACUCCCCAAAAUGGGCGGAACUCCCAAGAAAUGGGCGGAAACGCCCAAAUUUUGGGUUGGAAUCAUUCAAAACGGGGUGAAACUCCCCCCCAAAAUGGGUGAAAUCCCCCAAAAUUUGGGUUCGACCCCCUCAAAAAUGGGAAUAACCCCCAAAAAUGUGUGGACCCCCCCAAAAUUGGGAUUGGACCCAAAAAAAUGGGCGGGAACUCCCAGAUUUGGGUUGAACUCUCCCAAAAACGGGUGAAACCCCCCAAAGUUUUUCGGAACCCCCCGAAAACGGGUGAAGCCUCCCCAAAAAGGGGCGGGAAACCCCAAAAUUUGGGUUGAACCCCCCCCAAAACGGGUGAAACCCCCAAAACGGGCGGGAAAUCCCCAAAUCUUCUGGGAACUCCCCAAAAAAUGGGUGAAAUCCCCUAAAAACGGGUGAAAUCCCCAAAAAACGGGUGAAAUCCCCUAAAAACGGGUGAAACCCCCCAAAUUUGGGCAGGACCCCCCCCCCCAAAAGCUCCGAAGCACAAAUGCGGAUUUUUUGUCCCCAAAAAUGCAAAGCGGGGGGGAGGGGCCGCCGGCACAGCCCCUCCCCCACCCCCGGGGGGGGUCUGCCCCCCUUUUUUUUUUUUUAAAUUUUUUUUGGGGGGGGUCCCCGUUUUUGUUGUUUUUUUAUUGUUUUGGGGGGUCCCCCCUUGUACAAACGGCUUUAUGUAACCAAAAAUUCGGGGUGGGCGGGGGAGGGGUGGGGGAGGGGAGCCCCGACCCACCCUGGGGGGGGGAGGGGAGGGGUGGGGGAGGGGAUGUGGGGGGAGGGGUUUGGGGGUCUCCAAGUGCCUGUAUUGUACUGUCCGGGGGGGUGGGGAGGGGGGGACACCCCCAAACCUUACGUGACCCUGGCCCCCCUUCCCCCCCCAUUGCUCAGGGCCGCCCCUCCCCCCCAAUUUUGUAAAGUGAGGUGGGGGAGGGGCUGAGCCCGAUUUGGGGGGGGUUCAGGGCGCGGUGGGGGAGGGGUAGGGGGUGGGGGAUGGGGGGAGGGGUCUCUCUGAAGCCUUAUUGACACCUGUAAAUAGCAGGGGGGGAGGGCGGGGGGUGGUCACUCGGAGAAUGUAUAAAACCGGCUGAAAUAACCAAUAAAGAUUUCACAGUUCGCUGCU